GGCAAUGUAACGGCAGAUUGUUAUAUUUAUUUGUUAUAAAUUUCUUAAUUUUAGUUUUAUAAUAAUUUGAUAAUUAAAAUGCAAUGUUGUUUCUAUAUUUUUUUCUUUUUAUCGCUUUGCUCUUUUUCGUCUACUAUACCAUUUUGUUUGUGAAACGCUUAAUUGUCAGUUUUCUUGUACUUUGUUUGAUCUACCUUUAUUUUUAUUAUUAUCAUUACUUUCUAUUGCUUCUGUUUUGCACGUUUCUAUAUUACGUAUGGAGAAUAUAUACGUACAUUAAAGGAAAAAAUGAAUAAAAAACCAAGUGACAGUGUAUGUGCUGGAUUUGAGAAAAUUUGUUUACGGUUAUGUUGGUGCUUUACUCUUGCACUCAAAAUCAAAAUGUCAAAAGUGCGGCAGUAAACAGUUUUAUUUUUUAAAGUUUUUUUUUUUUGAAAUUAAUGUAUUUGCACAGUGCUCAAAUAUAUAAUAUUGCUUCUAACAUAUAAAAAAUGAGUUUGAAAAGACAGCGCGAUGAUAAUCUUAAUGAAGAACCUGAUAAGAAGCUUAUCAACCGUUCAUGUCCAUACUUAGAUACUAUCAAUCGUCACGUUUUAGACUUUGAUUUUGAAAAAUUGUGCUCAGUCUCGCUAACUAGAAUUAAUGUUUAUGCAUGUUUAGUUUGUGGAAAAUAUUUUCAAGGCAGAGGAAACAACACUCAUGCUUACACCCAUUCUGUCAGCGAAUCUCAUCACGUCUACCUUAAUCUGACAACAUUGAAAUUUUAUUGUUUGCCAGACAAUUAUGAGAUAAUUGACUCUUCCUUAGAUGAUAUAAAAUUUGUAUUAAAUCCAGUGUUUUCACCUGAAAGCAUAGCUGCAUUAGAUGUUAAUGUGAAGCUAUCUAGAGCUAUUGAUGGGUCUAUGUAUAUGCCCGGAAUUGUUGGUCUUAAUAAUAUUAAAGCAAAUGACUAUUGCAAUGUUAUCUUGCAAGCCCUUUCACACGUAAGUCCUCUUAGGAAUUAUUUUCUUAGAGAAGAUAAUUAUUCUAAGGUCACAAGACCACCAGGAGAUUCUAGUUUUUAUUUAGUUACACGUUUUGGAGAAUUACUUAGAAAACUUUGGAAUCCUCGCAAUUUUAAAACUCAUGUAUCACCACAUGAAAUGUUACAAGCGGUUGUGUUGUGGAGCCGAAAAAAGUUUCAAUUUACUGAGCAAGGUGACCCAGUAGACUUUUUAAAAUGGUUCUUAAAUGCGCUACACAUGGCACUCAAUGGAACAAAACGUGCUGACUCUUCUAUCAUAUAUAAAGCAUUCAUGGGCUCGAUGAGAAUCUAUACUAGAAAAUUACCCCCAACAGAAUUAGAUGAAGACCAGAAGGAAAAAUUAUUGCUUACAGAUGAAUAUGCUGAAAAAGUGACAGAAUCACCAUUCAUUUAUUUGACAUGUGACUUACCACCACCUCCAUUAUUUAUUGAUGAAUUUAGAGAAAAUAUUAUUCCCCAAGUAAACUUAUAUCAACUGCUUACAAAAUUCAAUUCACGAACUGAGAAGGAGUAUAAAACAUACAAAGAAAAUUUUUUAAAACGAUUUGAAUUGACCGAUCUUCCUCCUUAUCUUAUUCUGUACAUAAAGAGGUUCACUAAAAAUACAUUUUUCAUUGAGAAGAAUCCAACCAUUAUAAAUUUUCCUGUUAAAAAUAUUGAUUUUGGUGAUAUUUUGACUCCUAAUAAUAAAGCUAGACACAAAACAACAAUCUAUGAUUUAGUUGCAAAUAUUGUUCAUGAUGGAGAACCAAAUAAAGGAACAUAUCGAGUUCAUUUGUUACAUAAAGCCACAAACCAAUGGUAUGAAAUGCAGGACCUACAUGUUACUGAAAUUCUACCGCAAAUGAUUACUCUAACCGAGGCCUAUGUACAGAUUUAUAAACGCAAGGAUUUGUAGUUAAUAAAUAGAAAUAU